CAUUACUCACCACUCACCAUCACCCACGACUCGACUACAACUCACUUCCCUCUUCUCCACCUCAAAUAAUCAUCACACUACACAUUCAUACAACAUGGACUCAAUGGCCUACACAUAUGGUUUCGAUCAGAGCUACGACGCAGAACGACAAGUCUACUACGACCCAUCAAUAUACCACCCGGAUGCCCCGCUGUUCACGCAGCAGGAGCUCGGUGGUUUCGAGCCAGCACAGUUCACGCUUGACCAGAUGACCGGAGUGGAGGAUAUGGAUAUGGGCAUGGGAAUGGGAAUGGGAAUGGGAAUGGGAAUGGCGUGGGAGCAGCAGCAGGAAAAGUCGAUGGGCUGGGGAUAUGGUGAUAUGGCAGGGUACAACUUGCCCAUGGAGUACCCGCAGAUGACGGAUUUCUACGGGGGGUGUUUCCAGGAUGAGACCGCCGGGAGUUGCCAGACGAGCCCGUUCCAGACUCAGUUCCAACAACAGCAACAUCAACAACAGCUACCGGCUUCGCCAAUCACUCCGGCUGGCUCGCCGCUGCAGUAUGCCAACCACUCGGCUCCUUCGGCUUUCCUGUUGGUGCCCGUCGAGAACAACAACGGCCAGUACCAGUACAGCGCCUACCAAGUCCCUAUGGCCAGUGCCGACAACUACAUCGGUCAGCUCGCUUACCAGAGCGGAUUCGAGUCCCAGCACGCAUCGCCAUACACAGUUCCAUCCCUGACGGCAUCCCCAGUGUCUCAGUCCGCCCCAGCAGCGGAAGAGGUGGAGGAGGACGAGGAGGAGGAAGAAGAGGAGGACGAGGAGGAGGACGAGGACGAAGAGAAGGACGACAAAUCUGUUCUGCCCAAUUACGGAAACACCGAGCUGCGAGGCAUGGGACUCUACGACGACACGCCGGACCUCAUGUACUGUGCCACACCGGUCAAUUGCUCACCAGUGACGCCCCACGACCAGCUCCGGCCAACACUUGGCCGAGGGCUCGUUCUCGAGCGCAGCUUCGGCCUGCCAGCCAAGAUGAUUAAGGACGAAGACAACAGCAGUGACAUCCGCGACGAUUCCUGGCGCACGCGCCGCGAGUCCGUGUAUUAAACUUUCGCUUGCUUUUUUAUAUAUAUUUUUUGAACCUUCGCUUCUUCGGUAUCUAUU